AUGCGUGGUUGCGUGAAUCGAUUUUUAUUAUUUGGCAUUGAUGAAGACGUACGUGAAGCACUUGCAGAGAAAUCAGAAUGCCGCACAACUGAUCGACGUUUGCUUCAUCUCGUAGCACUCACUCCAGAAACUGACCUCGUCCACUUUGCAACUAUGCUAAUAUGGACUACGUCCUAUCCUCGACCGCUUCUAAAACAUACAAUGCAUUUCCUGUGA